GGCGCGGGUGGAGGGUCCGAGGGCAGGAAGACGGAUUUUGCGGGAGGAGGUAGAAACUCCUGAGAGGUUGAGGGGUUUGGGAACGACUGGGAACGCGGAGUAAGUGAGGCAGGAAUGGACACAGAGAGGAGAUGGUCCCCGAAACCCUGAGGAGUUAGGAUGUGGGUGGUCCUUGCGCAUCUCUGAUUGAGUUCUCUCAGGGACUCAGCAUCUUCGAUAUUGGGUUGUGGGGCGGGGGGAUGGCCUGCUUGCCCUAGUCUGGCUUCUCUGAAUUGGUGAUCUCCUCUUAUCUUGUCCCUCUGCCUUGUUGUGCUACUCUCGGCACUUAGUAUCUCCGGGAAAGGGCCCCAUGAGUGGUUUGAACUGGGUACAGUGGGGCAGGAAGUCCCCUCCUGCGUCCCGUCCCUUUGCUUCCUUUUUCAAAUACUUUUUGUGGUUUCCUGACGUGAAUGAAGGUGAGGUCCAUUGCUCACAAACUGGUGCUUGGUAUUUUUGCCUUGGCCGCCUCGGAGGAGAGAUAGGGCUUUGGAUCUCGAAAGGAGUUACAGGCCCAAAAACUGCGGCUGGCUUACACAAGGAGCUCCCACUAUGGUGGCUCUCUGCCCAAUGUGAACCAGAUUGGCUGUGGCCUAGCCGAGUUCCAGAGCCCCCUCCACUCCCCUCUGGAUUCAUCUCGGAGCACUCGACAUCACGGGCUGGUGGAACGGGUGCAGCGAGAUCCCCGAAGAAUGGUGUCCCCGCUUCGCCGCUACCCCCGCCACAUUGACAGCUCUCCCUAUAGUCCUGCCUAUUUAUCUCCUCCCCCGGAGUCCAGCUGGAGGAGGACAAUGCCCUGGGGCAAUUUCCCUGCAGAGAAGGGACAGUUGUUUCGACUACCAUCUGCACUUAACAGGACAAGCUCUGACUCUGCCCUUCACACAAGCGUGAUGAACCCCAGCCCUCAGGACACGUAUCCAAGCCCUGCACCCCCCAGCGUCCUGCCGAGCCGCCGUGGAGGUUGUCUGGAUGGCGAGAUGGACUCCAAAGUCUUUCUCUUUCAAGUCCCUGCUAUUGAGGAGAACUUGCUAGAUGAUAAACACUUGUUGAAACCAUGGGAUGCUAAGAAGCUGUCCUCAUCCUCCUCCCGACCUCGGUCCUGUGAAGUCCCUGGAAUUAACAUCUUCCCAUCUCCUGACCAGCCUGCCACUGUGCCUGUCCUCCCACCUGCCAUGAACACGGGAGGCUCCCUACCUGACCUCACCAACCUGCACUUUCCCCCACCGCUACCCACCCCCCUGGACCCAGAGGAGACAGCCUAUCCCAGCCUGAGUGGGGGCAGCAGUACCUCCAAUUUGGCCCACACCAUGACCCACCUGGGCAUCAGCGGGGGCCUGGCCCUGGGCCCGGGCUAUGAUGCGCCAGGACUUCAUUCACCUCUCAGCCACCCAUCCUUGCAGUCCUCCCUAAGCAAUCCCAACCUCCAGGCUUCCCUGAGCAGUCCUCAGCCCCAGCUCCAGGGCUCCCACAGUCACCCCUCACUGCCUGCCUCCUCCUUGGCCCGCCACGCACUGCCCACCACCUCCCUGGGCCACCCCUCGCUCAGUGCCCCGGCCCUCUCCUCCUCCUCUUCCUCCUCUUCUGCUUCCUCUCCGGUGCUGGGGGCCCCCCCUUACCCAGCUUCUGCCCCUGGGGCCUCCCCCCGCCACCGCCGUGUGCCCCUCAGUCCCCUGAGUUUGCCCGCGGGCCCAGCCGACGCCAGAAGGUCCCAACAGCAACUGCCCAAACAGUUUUCGCCAACAAUGUCACCCACCUUGUCUUCCAUCACUCAGGGCGUCCCCCUGGAUACCAGUAAGCUGCCCACCGACCAGCGGCUGCCUCCAUACCCAUACAGCCCCCCAAGUUUGGUUCUGCCCACCCAGCAACCCACCCCAAAGCCUCUGCAGCAGCCAGGGCUGCCCUCUCAGGCCUGCUCAGUGCAGCCCUCAGGGGGCCAGCCCCCAGGCAGGCAGCUGCAGUAUGGGACACUGUACCCACCCGGACCCAGUGGGCACGGGCAACAGUCUUACCACCGGUCGAUGAGUGACUUCAGCCUGGGGAACCUGGAGCAGUUCAACAUGGAGAACCCAUCGACCAGCCUGGCGCUGGAUCCCCCUGGCUUUUCCGAAGGGCCUGGCUUCUUAGGGGGUGAGGGACCAGUGAGUGGCCCCCAGGACCCUCACACCCUCAACCACCAGAACGUAACCCACUGUUCCCGCCACGGCUCAGGGCCUAACGUCAUCCUCACAGGAGACGCCUCCCCAGGCUUCUCCAAGGAGAUUGCAGCGGCCCUGGCCGGAGUGCCGGGCUUCGAGGUGUCAGCAGCUGGGCUGGGGCUGGGGCUGGGGCUGGAGGAGGAGCUGCGCAUGGAGCCACUGGGCCUGGAGGGGCUCAGCAUGCUGAGCGACCCCUGCGCCCUGCUGCCUGAUCCGGCUGUGGAGGACUCGUUCCGCAGUGACCGGCUGCAGUGAGGCCACCUCAGCGCCAUCCCUCUUCUCGGUCCUGUCCCUCGUCACUGUCCCUUUCCUCCCUUCCCCCUGGCCAGUAGAGAUGCCACUCUCUGCCCCCAGAUCCUCUUUCUGACAUGAACGAAGGAUCCCAAGAAUGAGAAAAGGCAAGGGGUUUUUUCCAGGUGGCCCCUGAAUUCUGCACAAGGGAGGGGGCGCCUGGGGGAGCUCAAGGGAGGGCCUAAAGCACUUGUAACUUUGAACCGUCUGUCUGGAGGUCAGAGCCUGUUGGAAAGUGGGGGGUAGAGGGGCGCCCCGGAGGCAGGGCUUGUCCGGAUGCCUAGGGGUGGGCAGUGCCAGCCCCUCCUCACCGCUCUUCCCCUUGCAGUGGAGGAGAGAGCCAGAGUGGAUAUUAUUUUUUAUUAAAUAUAUUAUAUGUUAAUAAAAAAAUCCUAUUAAA